AUUUGCAUUGGCUGGUGAGCUGCCGCCUCUUAAAAGGGCGGAAUGGCUUGUGGCCAAGGAAUUAGGCAAGCAAUGGCUUGUGAAUGAAGAACUGAGGAAAGAUUUGAUGGGCGAGAGCUCUGUUAAAUCGAGCUACAGUUUUAUUUAUUCCAAGUUUCGACAUCUAUUUAACAAAAUUAAUGUAAAUGUUACUUUUAGUAGACAUACUAAUUUUCGUGUGGAGAGUUCUUCUUUGGGAAGGUCCAAGUGUGAGUUUAGUAAAGAGCAACUUAAUAGCAUAUUCAGAUAUAAAUUUAGCAAAUGGGCUGAGGAAGGAUGUUAUCUGUUGGCUACGGAUGCAUCAGUGGUGAAUAAUGUUGUAGGUUUGGCUUUUUAUGACCCUCAGCAGAAAAUUUCGGAAAUGUUUAAGCUGGAUGGGAAAUAUUCAUCCACGUUUGGAGAGUUAGUGGCGAUUAGACAAGCAGUUAGCUUUUUACUUAAAAAAAACAUAAACAGGUGGGUCAUAGUCAGGGAUAGCCUAGCGGCGGUACGUUUGAUAGGAAAGAAGGCUUCUACAAAUUUUAUAGUUGCGUCCAUUCACAAUAUGAUUGCUAAGUCAAAUUGCGUCAGUGCCAUGUUGGUGUGGGUGCCUAGUCAUGUAGGUAUUGGAAUUAACGAAAAAGCAGAUCAUUUUGCAAGAGCUGCAGUUAGUGAGGGAUUACCCAUCGAAAUGGAUCUCACCUUGGGGGAGGCUGUAUGUAAAAUUCAAAGUGCUAUUUGGACUGAGUGGGAAGUGGAGUUUAGAGAAAUUAGUUGUACUAAAGGUAGUUUUUUUGCGGGUAAUAUCAGUGAUAUCAAAAGGCGUCCUUGGUUUACUGACAAAAAAUGUAAUUUUGGUGUUCAUGAUAUCAAAUUAGUUAACAGGUUGAUGAUGGGGCACACAUAUGGUAGGACGUUUCUAAGCAAAUUUCUAAGAGGUGUAAAUGAUUUGUGUGAUGUAUGUGGAAUCAGAGAGACUAGUGAUCACCUUAUUUUUCAGUGUAGUAAAUUUUCAGCCGCUAGAAGCACGUAUACCUUUUUUAACAAUUGUAAUAAUUUAAAAGAUUUUUUUAAUAAUUCUAAUUUGUAUCUAUUUAGUGAGCUAAUACACUUUCUACACAAGUUUUUCUGUUUCAAGUUGUAAGCCACCACUCUUGGUCUUCGUGGGAUCUUCCCUUCGCUGGACCUGCAUGUGUGGAUAUACGCUUACGACAAAGACGAAUUAGAACUUGCUAAAGUUGUUUGGACAACCUGGCCCCUGAGGUU